GAAAGAAGGGAAGUUCAAACACGAGGAGAAGAAGACGCUCAAAUGCUGGACCUCAUCCUUCGAGGAGAGCUACGUGGACUCAUUCGAGGAGGGCGGCUUCUACAAGCUCUCGACAUUCUGCGAGAUCUACAAGGUGCCCUAUGCUCGCUCCGAUGUGGAAGAUGAGGUCAUCGAGAAGAUUCGCCAUACGUACCCCGCUGCAGAGAUCUCCAGGGACACCAGGUUUCGCGCCAUGGGCGUGUGGGUGGUCAAUGAUCCGAACCCUCAGCUUGCAGAUUACAGGUUUCGGCGCGGAGUCAAGAGCGGUGCAACCAACAAGAGAGUGGAGGAGCAUGCGGAUGAAGACCUUGCUGAUGAGGCCUACCAGCAGCAGAGGAAGGUCAGGCGACUGACUAGCAAGGCCCCUUCUGCGCUGCGAGCUCGGAGCCACGACGUGGAUGACAAGGACGUGGCCAACGUGGAGGACGUCGCCGAGCCCGACGCCGAUGCAGCAGAGUCCGAGGCGCCGCAGCGGGCCACGCCGAUGCAGUCUCUCUCUUCCGCUGGGCCAGGAAUGUUCGCGUUGCCGUUCGACGCCAAGUCUCGCGACUCUCGUGGCAGCGCCGUGGAGCUCAGCGUGGCCCGCGACGGCGACGACGACUGCGCGGACGAUGCUGGCGGCUCUGUGGCUGGGGGCAAGGCCAACAAGAAGUGUAGUCCCAAAGACGCUGCCGUGGGCAGGGCCUUGCUCAGGCGGGCCAAGGCGAUGGACGUUCAUGAUGCGGAGCAGCAGUGGAACAACCGCCCUAGGAAUCGAACUCACGAGGCCGCCACCACUGCUCUCGUCAAGUCGGCUCGCGAGCUCGCCAAGUUCCCUAGUGAUGAGGCCUGCCUGAAGCUGUCUGAGGAGGUCACCAUCCUGGCGCGCGAGAUGCAGGAUCGUAAACGUAUAUUUGAUGAGCUGAAGCAGGCCCCCGCUGAUUUUGUCAACCAGGUGUUCUCGGAUGAUGAUCGGAAGACGGUGCUAUCUUUGAAAUGUCCCCUCCUCGUGCAGAUUAUCCAACAGACAUCGUUCCAAUUGGCGUCCAUUGACCCCUCGCUCAUGUUGAAGCUCGCCGAAUGCCCAAUCGACAUCGUCCCCGACACAGAUGCUCAGCCCCCUGGCUGGUUCCCGCUCUCACGCAUGUGUUUGGGGAUGGCCUUGCUAUCCUCGGGGUGCACCGACAGCAAUCCCACGGCCGAGACGGCCAUCGCGCUGCUCACCCGCACGCAGAACAGCAUCGUGGUGGACAUGGUGGAGCGGAUCUGCCUCGACGCGAAGCAUGAGGACAACUGCGUGGCCAUGAUCGAGGAGGUGCGGUCGGCCUUGCAGCACUUUGCGCCCUUCGUGUUCGACGAUGCCGAAACGAUUACGUACGAGCGCGGGGAGACGAAGUGCGAG